AUCACCCUUCAUUCCACGCGACAGUGCGGAAAAUGUCAGAAGCAAAGAAAAACGAUUCGGCGGACGGAGCUACACGGGACCAGGAGUUGGACGAUUUGCUCGACAGUGCAUUGGAAGAUUUCAACAAACCUAAAGAUGACUCAAAGAAACAGACAAACAAAUCUGACGGUGCGGGUUCGUCGGGCGAGAAAGGCGAACAGCACGAUGAUCCGCCUACGGAACAGCUGUGGAAUGAGGAGUUUUUAGACGUACAAGCGAAAAUGUUUGAACAACACAUGGCCGCCCUGUUCGGUGGCGGCGAGAAGGUGGAUAGCGAGCAGAUUGCGCUCGGAUUUCAGCGUAUUGCCGAAGCCGCAGGAAUGGCCAUACGCUCGGAUGGUGCCGCAGCCGAAGAGACUACGCCCGCCAGUACGCUCGAUCCGUCGAUCAGCCAAAGCAUCAGCGAUGCGCUGAAGGCUAUGAGCGAAGGACGCGAGAACCUACAGACGCCGUUCAGUCCGGAGGACGUAGCGAACAUGUUCGGAAACAUUGACCUGAACGCGGCAGGCGAAAACAAUGCCUUCCUUCCGUUCAUGCAAAGCAUGAUGCAGAGUCUGCUGUCAGCGGAUGUGCUGCUACCCAGUUUGCGCGAUCUGGUCGAAAAGUACCCAAAAUGGCUGGAAGAGAAGGGUAGCACCGUGCCCAAGGAAGAGCGGGAGCGUUACGAAAAGCAGCUGGAGAUGAUGAAGGAGGUGUGUACCGAGCUGGAGAAGGAGAAACCGGACGAUAGUGCCGAAGUGAAGCGGGAUCGAUUUCAGGUUGUGCUGGAGAAAAUGCAGAGCAUGCAGGACCUUGGGCAACCUCCGGCCGAUUUGGUCGGUGAGCUUGGCGCGGGAAAUCUCAAUCUGCCAACGCUAGAUCCGUCCUCGUUUAGUGAACAAAAUCCUUGCCCUAUUAGUUAGUUAACUCUUAUCGGACGUGGCAUUUGGGUGACCGACGUGGCCUGUGCUGUUAAGGAAGUUACAUUUAAGCCGUAGGGCUGAAGAUAAGGGUGUGGGUUUGAAUGUAGUUUGCAAUAGUCGUUUUGUACUACCUCGAAGGUAGUGGGGUUUGGUUGGAGGUGAGGUGUGUUUUAGCUGGGAAAUUCUUCAACAUCGAUAUGAGCUAAUCGAUGACUUAGUUCUGUUUAUGCUACGAACAAUAAAAGUGCAAGAAGCGGAUCAUACAGCGUGUUCGCUUACGUCAA